UUGGGCACGAGGGUAGUUCGUCCGGGAAGGAAUCUGGGCGAAGCCGAAGUAACCAUUCCCGUCCCCGAGGAGUUGGAGACCGUACCCGGUAUUCCCAUGACCCAGCGCGAAGUUGACUGGUAUGCCCGCGAGUAUCCGCUGGAAACCAUCAACAUCACCGAGCGUGCGUCUCGUGACUGGGCCAACUCUCUGCGUGACCAGCAUGUUGAAAUGCGGGAAAUCCGCAAGGAACAUGAGAAGCUCAACCGGCCCCUGAUUAUGGCAAGCCGCAUGACUGCCGAACUGGAGCCGACGGCUGAGCCCACCGGCGAGGACAUCAGUGAGCUGAUCAAGACCAAGGCCCGCGAACUGGGCUUCGUCGAAGUCGGUAUCACAUCCUUUGACCAUCGCUAUACCUUCCAGAGCAAGAAGGGCAGCACCACCUAUUAUCCGCACUUCGUCGCUCUGGCUUACGAGCAGGACUUUGAGCCUACCCAGACUAUCCCCAGCGUUGACGCCGAGAUCGUGCAUUCCAGCACCUACCGGACGGAAGGCGCCGCGGCUCUGGAACUGGGCAACUAUGUUCGCUCCCUGGGCUAUCACGCGCAGGUGAUGGGUUCCGGCGACUCGGCCGGCCCGUACAUCCCCUUGCACGUUGCGGCCGGCACCGGCCAGUUGGGCGCCUGCGGCUACCUGCUGACCCCCCACGUCGGGUCUCGCUGCCGCUUGGUCGGCCUGACCACCGACGCCAAUGUAACCUAUGACGAGCCAGUAGACUACGGCAUCCACGCGUUCUGCCAGGUUUGUCAGGUCUGCGUGAACCGCUGCCCCGGCCGCGCCCUGAUGCGCGACAAGAUCUGGUGGCGGGGAAUUGAGAAGAACAAGCUCUACUUCAAGCGCUGCCGCCCCGUCAUGGCCCGCUACCUGGGCUGCGGCAUCUGCAUGAAGGUACUGGGCAAGGGCACCCAUGACCUCGAAGGCUACUCCCUGGAAGGCAAGGGCUACUUCGGACCCGGUGAAAUGCCCGUCUUCGACGCCGCUUUCUUUGCCAUGCCCCACGGCGCCUCAGACGAAUAUGCGUUUGACCAGUUCAAGGAACAGGCCAAGGCCGCCGGCGGCGACGUCUCCGAUGAGAUGCUCCAGCAGCUCAAGGACGACAUCGUACGCUCCCUGUUCCAGGCCACCGACAACGUCGGUAUGAUGGACGAGGACGCAGACUACAUUUAGCCCGCAUCCCGGUCCACAUUGGACCAGACCAAUCGAGGCCAGCAGCGUUGCAUUGCUGCUGGCCUCAACUUUUGGCCGCCAGCCAGGUCUCCGGACCGGCGCCUC